ACAGAAACACAUGACACAUGCCUUCUUUUGUUGAAUGACUGUCGUCGAUGGACACUGCACUUCUACUCACAUUCUAAGUUCCGAGACAUGAACCGGGCUCACCUCUCUCGCAACCAUGAUUGCUCCAUAUAUGUUGACCGUGCUCCAUGAAACUGUCGCUCGGCCUCAUCACCAUCGGAAUCUUGGUUCUUUCAGGGGUACGAAUCCUUGCUCAGGACUGUCUACAACCAACUGUCUUUGCCGCAAACCGCAGCACUGGCCCUCCGCGACCUCUCCUCUCCACGCCAUCUUCUCGCAAGAACUUCUUUUCAAGCGCAAUGCGCCGAAGGUUGCCAAGGAGAUCUUCUGUCUAUGUAUGUCUUCAUCCCUCAUCGGCAUGACUAUGACACCCAUUCACAGGGCCACACGACCCCUGUCGAUCUUCUUUCCUCGAACAACGGUUGGGAGCACGCCCCACACUUUUAUCGACAUCAGCCCUGUCAGCGAUACAAUCCCCACCAACCCUCACAAGUAUCGGCUCCCCCUCUCCCUCCAACCGCUCGCUUAUUCCUACACCCGGCGAGUAGGGGAUGGGAUCCGUCUCAGAAGCAUCCAUCGCCAAGCCCUGGAGAAUUGUCGAUCACUGCGCGAUUUUCAACGUUUGCACAAUCAAUCUUAGGCCAUGGCGGGUACAUGCUUGCCGUCCUCGAACAACCGUUGACGACGCACACUGCAUCCACUCUCAACAUCCACCGCCGCUGUCCAGGUCCUUUGCCACAGCAUUUCGUUGGUGAGGGGCCAGGAACGAACGCCGCAUUUCCAGUUGGAGACCAAGGCAUGAGAUCUCUACUGAAUUGACAUCUCUCGCUGUUACAAUCACUCCAUGUAUGGGUACUCCAUAUCACAGAGUCGGUCCCUUGCUGCUCGGACUAUUGCUCUCUGGCUGUCUCUUCCAAUUAACAUUCCGGGAAUGUAGUUGCCGCCAACAAUUAGCGCUGGUCCUCCGUAGCCUCACCUCUGCACCCCAUCAUCUUACAAGAACUUUUCCCCUGGCGUAACCCACCGUAUUUCGCCGAACAGAUGCACCCUCUAUGAACGUAUUCUGCGUUCUCAUCGCAAGUCGAUAUGACUACGACCCCCUACCACAUGAGCAGAUAAUGCCGGCGUAUCUUCCUCUUUGAACAACUGU